AUGAGAGGCUGGGUGAAUGUGGAGAAUGACCCUGUCCAUGGGUGACUGCUGUGGUGGGGUGCCGUAGGAUCUGAUGGGUACAAAGUGGGCACCUCACCCCGGCGCCAGGACCACCCCACAUCUGGCCCCUCAGUCUCCAGCCUCGGCACUCUGAACCUCCGAUCUGAAUGUACCACUUUAAGACCAGUAUGUUCAACACAGUUUUUCUGUAGUAAAACAAUGUUUUGAAGAAAAUAACUUGUUCUGUUUUUAUUAAUGAAUUUGUGGUAUGAUGGAGUGAGCUUGUGUAUCAGCAAGAAAGCAUACUAAGCACAAAGUGAAAACAGGUUAUCGUUUUUUUUUACACAUUUAUAACAAAUAUAAAAGAAAUACCUUAUUUACAUAAGUAUUCAGAACCUUUGCAAUGAGACUUGAAAUUGAGCUCAGGUGCAUCCUGUUAACAUUGAUCAUCCUUGAGAUGUUUCUACAACUUGAUUGGAGUCCACCUGUGGUAAAUUCAAUUGAUUGGACAUGAUUUGGAAAGGCACACACCUGUCUAUGUAAGGUCCAACAGUUGACACUGCAUGUCAGAGCAAAAACCAAGCCAUGAGGUCGAAGGAAUUGUCCGUAGAGCUUCGAGACAGGAUUGUGACGAGGCACAGAUCUGGGGAAGGGUACCAAAACAUUUCUGCAGCCUUGAAGGUCCCCAAGAACACGUGGCCUCUAUCAUUCUUAAAUGGAAGAAGUUUGAAGCCACCACUUCCUAGAGCUGGCCGCCCGACCAAACUGAGCAAUCGGGGGAGAAGGGCCUUGGUCAGGGAGGUGACCAAGAACCUGAUGGUCACUCUGACAGAGCUCCAGAGUUCCUCUGUGGAGAUGGUUGUCCUUCUGGAAUGUUCUCCCAUCUCUGCAGCACUCCACCAAUCAGGCCUUUUAUGGUAGAGUGGCCAGAUGGAAGCCACUCCUCAGUAAAAUGCACAUGACAGCCUGCUUGGAGUUUGCCAAAAAGCACCUAAAGGACUCUCAGAACAGAUUCUCUGAUCUGAUGAAACCAAGAUUGAACUCUUUGGCCUGAAUGCCAAAUGCCACGUCUGGAGGAAACCUGGCACCAUCCCUACGGUGAAGCAAGGUGAUUGCAGCAUCAUGCUGUGGGAAUGUUUUUAAGUGGCAGGGACUGGGAGACUAGUCAGGAUCGAGGGAAAGAUGAACGGAGCAAAGUACAGAGAUCCUUAAUGAAAACCUGCUCCAGAGUGCUCAGGACCUUAGACUGCGACGAAGGUUCACCUUCCAACAGGACAACGACCUUAAGCACACAGCCAAGACAACACAGGAGUGGCUUCGGGACAAGUCUCUGAAUGUCCUUGAGUGGCCCAGCCAGAGGCCGGACUUGAACACGAUCGGACAUCUCUGGAGAGACCUGUCAUCAAGGCAAAGCUGUCAUCAAGGCAAAGGUUUGCUACUUUGAAGAAUCUCAAAUAUAAAAUAUAUUUUCAUUUGUUAAACACUACAUGAUUCCAUAUGUGUUAUUUCACAGUUUAAAAUGUAGAAAAUAGUAAAAAUAAAGAAAAACCCUGUAAUGAGUAGGUUUGUCCAAACUUUUGACUGGUACUGUAUGUAAAUGUGAUAUUUCAGUUUUUUAUUUUUAAUACAUUGGCAAACAUUUCUAAAAACCUGUUUUUGCUUUGUCAUUAUGGGGUAUUGUGUGUAGACUGAAGAGAAAAACAAUGUAAUCAAUUUUAGAAUAAGACUGUAACGUAACAAAAUGUGGGAAAAGUCAAGCGGUCUGAAUACACCUGUUCAUGUUCCUUUGUUUGAAUUUGAAUGUGUCCAUUGUGUGUUAAUGUGUGUGUGUGCACUUGCAUGGGCAGAACAAUUUGUUGGCUCAGAGCAAGGGAGAAUAAUGUGCUAUUUACAAUGCCUCUAUUGACACAUUAACGUGUAGCGCGCGCGUUUGUCUUUGACGGUAAAGUAGGAGGGCACAUUAACACUAGUAGGUCGUUCAACCUCAAAAAGCAUGAGAGGAUACGACAUCCGCCAUCUCGGAUUGUUCUGAAGUCGAUUGUUGGAAACAGAUAAGAUUAGCAUUCCUGCAACAUUAUUUUGUUGAAAUACAGUAGAAUUUCAUAUAUGAAAAGUAAGCUAAUUGAUUGCAUCCAAAUUGGCCAUUUUAAUUUGUAGGAUUCGUUUAAUAUUCAAUAAAUAUACUACCUAACAUCAGAUAUGGACCAAACUUUUUACUAACAAUGAGUUAGGCAUGAGGAAUUCAAAGGAAUGGUCAAAAGCCACCCACGAACCCCCAACAUCCCACCCCAACAACAAGUAUAUAGUAUCAGUUCUCUGUGCCUGACAAGUAGUAUGGAGGUGCGGCUCAGUAUUUUUUCUAAAUCCUACGUAAUGUAUUCCAGGUGAUUUUUAUUUUUUCUGUUCAGAUAAAUUAGAAAUUGAACUUAAGUUAUGUCCCAUCCUACUUCCUGAUAUUACGAGAUUCUGACCACUAGAUGGUGCUGUUCCUGCUAUUGGGUGAAACAAGUUAGAAGAUUCCCCCCCAUGUUAAAGGGAUAGUUCACCCAAAUUACAAAAUUACAUUGGUUUCUUUAUCCUGUAAGCAGUUUGACAAGAUAUGACAGCAACCCAUGCUUUAGUUUUGUUGGUCACAGUUUCAAAUGCUUUCAAAUGCAUUUGUGGCACAAUUCCAAUGCAAGUCAAUGGUACCUAUAUAAGCAUUUCACGCUUAAUGUUUAAAUCACCCUAAAGUAUCUAAACAUUGACUGUGUAACUCAAUGAUAUUCCUUAUAGAAUAUUUUGAUAUUGAUAUGACGUGUUUUCACAGGGUUGUAGGAAUGAGGUUUAAUCCAUUAGAUAGAUAACUGUUGGUCCCAAGGAUUCCAGUAUGUCGAGGGAGCUUACUGGUGUUUAUCUUAGAAUUAUUGAUAGAUGGAAUAUCCUGCCUGGGGUACAAGGGGAUAACAUCAGGGUGGGGAGUGCCAACUGAUGUUUACAAGGUGUAGUUGAAGACGUGUAAAGAGGCUAUGUAAACUGAGAGAUUUCAUUUGUCUAGUAGUUCAGAUGACAAGAGGCAACGCACAUGCCGUUGUUAUACGAAUCCGGUACCGUAUCUAUUAAAUACUUUGUAUCAACUCUCCAUUAAUUGUUUAAAUAUAUUCUUGCAUCCUGAAUUACUUGAUACCCAAGAAACUCAUAACAAUUUGGCGUCUAUAAACAGGAUACAGUUUACGUCCGAAGCAACAUGUAAGCAGAUUUUAAUUUAUUUCGGAUUGUGUUGAAAUCUGCUUAUCUGUGGUAAAGCUGAGCUGUAAAUAACGUUUAAAAUUCAAUAUUUUUAGAGGGGGGAAGAUGAGUGGUAGUCAAGUAUGUAAAAAAUAUGUAAGAGGAAUAUUGAAUUAGACAAUGACAUGGUGCUAUGAUUCAAAAUAGGAUGCGUUCAAAUUAAUGAGUAAAAACAACAGAGGACAAAGAGUCGGCGCAGGCAUCCCUUAAUGUGUAGGGCAUUAUAAAGAGAGUGGGUUUUAGUCCCUUAAUGUUUCAAGGCAUUGUAAAAAGAUUGGGCGCAGGAUCCCUUAAUGUGUAAGGCAUUAAAAAGAAUGUAGGUUUGAGUCCUUUGGUGUGUUGAAUCAUCAUAAAGUGUUAGGUUUGAGUCCUUUGGUGUGUUGAAUCAUCAUAAAGUUGUUAGGUACAGAAUUAGUCCUUUGUGAAUUACUCAAAACAAUCAUAUUGGAUCAUGGCAACGAUGACUAAAUAGACAAACAACAUUUUAAGAAAGAUCAAGGUGGGGAUUUGAAUCAAAUAUUGAAUUACUAACAUUGCAUGAACUAAUAUAAAAACAAUGGGGAGCCAACUCAGUAGACCGGUAUCUGGCAAGACAAUCACAAUUAAGAAUAUUCAUUUGACUUGAAGAGAGAGAAAUUAUUACAGACAAAUCCGCAUUUAAAACAGGUCUCUUUCAAAAGUAUCGAAAAUCAGACACAGUGCGAAUGGAUGUUAAGUAAAUUGGGUUUUUUCUAUGUGGAAUCAUAUCUCAGUGAUUUAUCAGCAUGGACAGAUAAUGAGUAUCCUCAAGAAGGUAUUUUUAAAAGGGAUAAGUUACAGAUAGCGGAAAAUAUAUCAUUGACAAUAUCGCCGUAAGCAACCCGAAAUGGGAUUUAGAUUACAUGAAAGAGGCGGAUAAAGCAUGGGAUUUAAUGAGAGCACAAUGGCCUGGAAAUAUAAUUAGUAAGGAGAAAAAGUCAGUUAAGAAGUUAAGUAAUUGAAUGGAACAACAUAGGGCAUUUUAAGAACAAAGAGCAGAAAUUAAUUUUAAUCUGAAGUGUGCAUAAUAAAUUAUAGAAAUGUGUAUAAUAAUUUGAUGUAAGCUUGGAUAAUAAGCUUAGAUAUAUAACAGAAUUAGGUCAUAGAAUAUCAAGGAGUGGUAUUUAGAGCGGAAUGUUAUUUUACAAAGUAGUGGAAAGUCUGUAUUUUCUGGGAGGAUCCCAUGACAGACAGGGCAGUGUCCAGGAAACUAAAGUCUGUUUUUGAUUCCGCUGGGAGUAUGUUUGAAGAAGCUGAUUUGUGUCGAUUGAGAAUCGUUAAAAAAACACGAAGGGAUUGUUUGAUGUGAGUACCUCAGAAUUUCUAACCUUCUAUAUGGAUUAUGUGAAUAUAUGAAAAUAUGAUGAAUUUUGUGUGUGUAAUCAAUUACUAGAGAUUUGAAAAAGUAAUAAUUGGAAUAAUAUUAAUAUACGAUAACUUGCGCACCCAAACGUAUGUGAGGGUUGGUGCCGUUUAUGGAUAAUUUGAUAAAGAUAAGGUUAAGCAAACUAGGGGUAAUAGUCUUAGAAACGAAUUGGCAUAUGUCCACUUUUUGGAAAACAUGGGGAAUUGACUUAACCUAAUGAUGUAACUAUUAAGGCUUAAGGGAUUUUCUCCGUCCGGGUACAACAUGUAUGAAAAAACUGCCCCUAAGGUUUGGAAAUUAAAGAUGUAACUUAUAAUAUAGUACAAAGCCAAUUUAGGGUUUCCAUCAAACUAAUUAUCAUUACGGAGCUAAUGUAAUUGGGAAAUGCGAAUGUAGAAUUGAAUUGUUUGGGUAGACUGGAAUGACAAUAAUGUUUACUAACAAGGUGAAUGCAAAUAUGGUAUUAGUUAUUGGUGGAUAGGCUUUACUAAUGCCAUGUUUUACUCCGCGGGUGUAAAAGAGUCGUGCUCGCUGGGCUAUAUCGAGAUAUAAAGCACAUAGUGAGAAAUUUGAAGCAGAGAUCUGAAUAGUUGAAUCGGGAACAUUUUUUGAUAAUUUCAAAUUAUUAUUACUCAAUUCUAUAGUGGAGUAACACCAGUGAUUUAUGCAAGCAGUUACGGAAUUCUAAAGAUGAUAAGCUGUUUCCGUUACGUGGAACAGUGGAGUGCAGGUAGUUUUGACUAUUACGCUGGUAGGGCAGCACCAACUUUUUGAAGGUUCUAGAUUCGUUAAUCAACAGGUUUAUAGUUUUACUAAAUCAGUGCAACAGGUGGUGAUGAUUAGAUUACCGGAAAGGGGUUAUGGGUUUGUUAGUUUAGAAGGUGUAUAUUCCACUUAAUGGAACACGGUAUUAUCUGACGUGGCUUGAGUGGGAUUCUCUCUUCCAGGACUAAAGUAUGUAUGUUAAGGGAGCUGUAGGAGACAACGUAUCAAACCAUUUUUAAUAGGCGCCUGGGAUCAAAUAUCACUGAUUCCUUACGAGGAGUAAUUGAUUAUAUUGGCGAUUGAAUAAAAUAUGACAUUUAGAGGGGUGACAGGAACAAUCUAAGGCGAAACAGUUAUUUCCUAUGUCGUUGAAACAGUAACGAUACCACAAUAAUUUGACAUGGGAGCAAAUGGAGCCGAUUUUGGGGUUGAAUAAUCUUUGUGAGAAUUGAAGAAAAUUAAGUCUAAAGGGUAAUCAAUUAGGGAUGCUCUUUGCAAACUCAGAGAAUCUCUCUCGUGAGAGAUUUUAGGUAAUCUUAUUCGGGAGUAGUCAUGAGGAAUUAGAUUGAAACAAACAAUUAUUGAUGUGAGGUAGUACAGUGGAAUUAUCUGCAUCAUGUUUUGUGUGUAAUUACUUUCUUUUGGAUUGCUGAUUAUAACUGAAUGUUAACAACAUGUCAACUUUCUGUUCCAGGAGAAUGGUGGUUUAAUUAUCUCUCUCUGUGGAAAGAUUCCCGAGUCUGUGGGUUAAAUCUUAAAGGCACACACAAAGGAAUUUUUUGACGUUUUAUUUUAUGAGUGAGUUCUAAUUAAACACGUGAUUUCUUUUGAAAAGAACUGUACUGAGGACUUACUGUACACCUGGGAUACGAAAUGUAUGAAAUGGUUGAAUAUUUUUGGUGAAUAGUCUACUAUAGAAUGAAACACUUAUUUGAAGGAUUUGAAUGACCUCUGACCUCUGUUCUGACUUUCUGGGGAGGCCUGAUCACCCUCACUAGAGAGCCUAGAAACAUCUGGGUGACAUUUAAAUGUAAUAGGUAAACACUAAUGAUUAGGAAGAAGUUCAUAAUUUGGCAAUAGUCCUAUAUAUGAUUCGGACCAUGACAAGGACAGCGAGCAAGCGCUAGCCCUGAAUGAGGGACACCUGUCGCUAGUCAAUUUUACUACAGUGAGGGAAAAAAGUAUUUGAUCCCCUGCUGAUUUUGUACGUUUGCCCACUGACAAAGAAAUGAUCAGUCUAUAAUUUUAAUGGUAGGUUUAUUUCAACAGUGAGAGACAGAAUAACAACAAAAUAAUCCAGAAAAACGCAUGUCAAAAAUGUUAUAAAUUAAUUUGCAAUUUAAUGAGGUAAAUAAGUAUUUGACCCCCUCUCAAACAGAAAGAUUUCUGGCUACCAGGUGUUUUUUAUACAGGUAACAAGCUGAGAUUAGGAGCACACUCUUAAAGGGAGUGCUCCUAAUCUCAGUUUGUUACCUGUAUAAAAGACACCUGUCCACAGAAGCAAUCAAUCAAUCAGAUUCCAAACUCUCCACCAUGGCCAAGACCAAAGAGCUCUCCAAGGAUGUCAGGGACAAGAUUGUAGACCUACACAAGGCUGGAAUGGGCUACAAGACCAUCGCCAAGCUGCUUGGUGAGAAGGUGACAACAGUUGGUGCGAUUAUUCGCAAAUGGAAGAAACACAAAGGAACUGUCAAUCUCCCUCGACCUGGGGCUCCAUGCAAGAGCUCACCUCGUGGAGCUGCAAUUAUCAUGAGAACAGUGAGGAAUCAGCCCAGAACUACACGGGAGGAUCUUGUCAAUGAUCUCAAGGCAGCUGGGACCAUAGUCACCAAGAAAACUAUUGGUAACACACUACGCCGUGAAGGACUGAAAUCCUGCAGCGCCCGCAAGGUCCCCCUGCUCAAGAAAGCACAUAUACAGGGCCGUCUGAAGUUUGCCAAUGAACAUCUGAAUGAUUCAGAGGAGAACUGGGUGAAAGUGUUGUGGUCAGAUGAGACCAAAAUCAAGCUCUUUGGCAUCAACUCAACUUGCCGGGUUUGGAGGAGGAGGAAUGCUGCAUAUGACCCCAAGAACACCAUCCCCACCAUCAAAAAUGGAGGUGGAAACAUUAUGCUUUGGGGGUGUUUUUCUGCUAAGGGGACAGGACAACUUCACCGCAUCAAAGGGACGAUAGACGGGGCCAUGUACCGUCAAAUCUUGGGUGAGAACCUCCUUCCCUCAGCCAGGGCAUUGAAAAUGGGUCGUGGAUGGGUAUUCCAGCAUGACAAUGACCCAAAACACACGGCCAAGGCAACAAAGGAGUGGCUCAAGAAGAAGCACAUUAAGGUCCUGGAGUGGCCUAGCCAGUCUCCAGACCUUAAUCCCAUAGAAAAUAUGUGGAGGGAGCUGAAGGUUCGAGUUGCCAAACAUCAGGCACGAAACCUUAAUGACUUGGAGAAGAUCUGCAAAGAGGAGUGGGACAAAAUCCCUCCUGAGAUGUGUGCAAACCUGGUGGCCAACUACAAGAAAUGUCUGACCUCUGUGAUUGCCAACAAGGGUUUUGCCACCAAGUACUAAGUCAUGUUUUGCAGAGGGGUCAAAUACUUAUUUCCCUCAUUAAAAUGCAAAUCAAUUCAUGACAUUUUUGACAUGUGUUUUUCUGACAAUUUUUUGUUGUUAUUCUGUCUCACACUGUUCAAAUAAACCUACCAUUAAAAUUAUAGACUGAUCAUGUCUUUGUCAGUGGGCAAACGUACAAAAUCAGCAGGGGAUCAAAUACUUUUUUCCCUCACUGUAUGUCAUUUAGUAAUUUGGGUCACCUAUCUCUUUAAAAUUGAGGGGGGAUUCUUAAAAUGCAUCAGCUAAUAGCAGGAACAUCACCACCUAGUUGUCAGAACCUGGUAUGAUCAGGAUGCAGAAUGGGACUUAAACUUAACUUCAAUUACACAUUUCUCUGAACAGGGAAAUAAAUUAAUAUCACCAAAUUCACUGAGAAUACAUUUCAUAGGAUGAAGAAACAAUACUCAUACAAUACAUACUACUUGUCAGACAUAGAGAACUGAUACUGUAUACUCGUUGUUGGGUUUGGUGUGGGGGGUCCGUGGGUGGUGUUUGACCAUUUGUUUUGGAUUCAUGUCUUAUUCAUCGUUAGAUCUGAUUUAAACCUAACUUUUUUCUAAGGUACUAUAUUUAUUAAAUAUUAUAUGAAUCCUAUAUAUUUUAAAUGGCCAAUUUGGGUGCAAUCAGUUAGCUUAAUUUCAUCAAAUUAUAUUUCAACAAAAUAAUGUUGCAGGUAUGCUAAUGGUAUCUGUUACUAACUAUAGAAACAAUUUCAGAACAAUAUGAGAUGGUGGGUGUCAUGACUUGUGAAAUGACCCUAGUGUCCGAUAGCCCAGCAUCCUACUGUAUGAAUCAGGUCAGCCAGGCAGUAUUGUACGGCAUCAGCCCACUAUCUCCUACAGGAAUCUAAUGGCCACUAAUGCGAGGAAAACAGAAAGGAGGAGUCUUAAGUGAGCGAGAAAGUUGGGAGGGAGUUGGCAGUGUCAGGACUGGAGCCGCUGUGCCUCAGCAGCGCCAGAGCUGACGCACUAAAGCCCAGACGGAGAGGGAUAAGGGGAGGGCACAGAGAGAAAGAGGGGGGGGGAGACUCCAGUGGCCAUAUGGAGGGGGCAGUGUUUGUUUUCAAGUGGAAGACUGGAGUUCAUUAAGGGUUAGUGGCUGCAGUUUAGAACAAGACACUCCCCCACUGGACUCUGGAUGUGAGUGAGUGUGCAUUUCUCUGUGUGUGUGUGUGUAUGUGAGGGAGAAGUGCAUUGUUGCAGCAGGACUCUGCCUUGUACACAGCAGCCGGAAAACAUACCAUUGAUUUUUCUGUGUGGACUGCCCCACUUCUUCCUCCUCUGUGCGGUUCUGUGGAUGCACUCUAUGCAGCUCAAGGCGACUCAGGACCUGGAGCCAGCCCCAGGGAGCAUCCGGACUGGAUCCCUAGAUCUCCAGGGACAAGUGGGCUGAAGCUUCCUCUCUACCCCCCUGGAAGUGGAGUUUGACUGCGGAGAGGACCGUAGGAUAGUCAGGAGGAUGUGAGGCCUUGACAGCAGCCAUUAUCCACUACCAGGUUUGCUAGUGUCCUGUCCAGCCCUGUGGAGGGGAAGGGAAUGGGCCCGGUUUCACUGCAGGAGACUGAACAGGAGCAGGAGCCAGAGGGAGAAAUGGAGUCCUACCACAGCCUUCUGCAGGCUGGCACUCAGCUGGAGAACACACUGCAGCGUGAGAACCUCUCCUGUACUGCCCUUACAUCACCCCCUCUCACUGGCAUACAUAUAUGGGGUAUAUAGGGAUAUAUCAUGCAAAGUUAAGUAUGGUAUAUGGAGAUAUAACGGCAUCAUAAUAGAACCUAUUUAAACGCAUAAUGACAGUUUUAAGGUCUAUAUUGUUUGCUAUUGAUUGGAUGGUUACUGAUACACUCCAGCAGUGGGUCACGACGUAGCCAUGCAGGGAUUAAUGUGCUAUUCCUAAACCCUGGGGGGACAGUUUUUUAUCCAUAUUGAUCAUAUGUAGAGGAGAUAUUUGUAAGUACACUCCACAUCUGGGUGUGUUUGGAGAAAUGCCAAACAGACCGUUCCGUCUGUGAAACUAAUAAAAUAUAGUUUUAUUGUGUAACUGAGGAAUUUCCUCCAACACUUUCCCUCCAUAGUCCACCACUAUAAUCCACUUAGCGCUGAAAGCCCUGUUUGGUAAAACAUAUCUACUGACCUCAAAACAGUCUGAACCAUGGCCCUUGUAAUAUGUGGUUGUGUGUGGUGUGUGUAAACCUGAGGGACUGCAUGUGUGUGCCUGUCUCCCUAUGUCUCAAGAGAUGUGGACAGUGUGUGCAGUAUAUUACUGUCUCUCUUCACACAAUGUAGCCUCUAUGAGACAUCAGUGACUGUUAGCUGAAGGAAGAAGUCUCUGCCCUCCUCAGCCCACCCAGUAUGCCCGCAACCUGGCAUCAUGGCAUGGGCAGUGCCACUCAUGUGUGAUGUCACUGAAAUGUAGUGACUGUGUGGCACCCUUCUUGUCAGGGUCUUACCUAGUAAAAUGUGUCCCGUUCACAUCUAAAUGACUCAAUCCCUUUGCGGAGAACAACUAUUUAACUUCUGUUGAUGGUUAUCUAUUUGGGGGGUUUUCUUGAGUAAAUGAGCACAAGAAUAGAAGGUAGUAAAAGAACCAGAAUCUUGUUGGACUACUACAAGCAGUUGAGCCAACUUCCGCAGGUCGGCUAAUGUUGAGCAAACGACACAGGACUAUCACAGAUUAACCACUAUGUCAGGAGGGACAGGAUGCCUGGCCUUAGCCUGGCCAGCCCUGCUUGACUCUGGGCCUUUCAUCUGUCUAGCUGUCUGGGAGUCUGUCUCAGGACCCAGUUAUGCUUAGUGGGAAAUAUCAUUCUCUGGGCCAGGUCAGAACAAACACAGGUUAUUUGCAUUUCUAAGCAGCAAACACUACUCAUUGAGGUCACCUGACUAGGCUUUGGUGCUUGGAUGCUUUGAUUAAUCAAGUCAGCGGGAAUAAUGAUUUACUAGCUGUGUGGCUGCAAAAUAGAAGGCAUGAUUUGGAAGCCGGGUGUGUUGUGCAGACAUCUUGUUUAGCAUGCCAGGCAGAGGCCGAGUGGUUCACACCAUGUGAUGAGUGCUGCAGUGCUGAUUGGAGAGGGGCCGUGGUGGAGUCUCUUCCUGGGAUCACAGACUAGCACGCAUAUUAAAAACACUGCAGCCUGCCUGCCUGCAGCACAAGCAUUCUCCCUCUGAUCUACCAUAUAGUAUAAUGUCUGCAGUAAGGAGUAGGCCAGGUGGCUGCAGUGUGUGUGCUGUUAACAGUCUAUCAAUAUUGUUUUGAUUGCCUGUUAUCAUAUCUAGUUGCCGGAUAUUACUUGCCUAACACCGACGUCUCGCUUCCAGACAAGCUAAACACCUUCUUCGCCCACUUUGAGGAUAACACAGUGCCACCGACGAGGCCCACUACCAAGGACUGUGGCCUCUCCUUCUCCAUGGCCGACGUGAUUAAGACAUUUAAGCAUGUUAACCCCCGCAAGGCUGCUGGCCCAGACGGCAUCCCUAGCCGCGUCCUCAGAGCAUGCGCAGACCAGCUGGCUGGUGUGUUUAUGGACAUAUUCAAUCUCUCCCUCUCCCAGUCUGCUGUUCCCAUAUGCUUCAAGAUGGCCACCAUUGUUCCUGUACCCAAGAAAGCAAAGGUAACUGAACUAAAUGACUAUCGCCCUGAAGCACUCACCUCUGUCAUCAUGAAGUGCUUUGAGAGACUAGUCAAGGAUCAUAUCACCGCUACCUUACCUGUCACCCUAGACCCACUUCAAUUUGCUUACCGCCCCAAUAGAUCCACAGACGAUGCAAUCGCCAUCACACUGCACACUGCCCUAUCCCAUCUGGACAAGAGGAAUACCUAUGUAAGAAUGCUGUUCAUUGACUAUAGCUCAGCAUUCAACACCAUAGUACCCUCCAAGCUCAUCAUUAAGCUUGAGGCCCUGGGUCUGAACCCCGCCCUGUGCAACUGGGUCAUGGACUUCCUGACGGGCCGCCCUCGAGGUGGUGAAGGUAGGAAACAACAUCUCCACUUCGCUGAUCCUCAACAUCCGUACUCCCUGUUCACCAAUGACUGUGUGGCCAAGCACGCCUCCAACUCAAUCAUCAAGUUUGCAGACGACACAACAGUAGUAGGCUUGAUUACCAACAAUGACGAGACCGCCUACAGGGAGGAGGUGAGGGCUCUGGGAGUGUGGUGCCAGGACAAUAACCUCUCACUCAACGUCAACAAAACAAAGGAGAUGAUCGUGGACUUCAGGAAACAGCAGAGGGUGCACCCCCCUAUCCACAUUGACGGGACCGCAGUGGAGAAGGUGGAAAGCUUCAAGUUCCUUGGCAUACACAUCACCGACAAACUGAAAUGGUCCACCCACGCAGACACUGUGUUGAAGAAGGCGCAACAGAGCCUCUUCAACCUCAGGAGGCUGAAGAAAUUCGGCUUGGCACCUAAAACCCUCACAAACUUUUACAGAUGCACAAUUGAGAGCAUCCUGUCGGGCUGUAUCACCGCCUGGUACGGCAACUGCACCGCCCGCAACCGCAGGGCUAUCCAGAGGGUGGUGCGGUCUGCCGAACGCAUUAUCGGGGGCAAACUACCCGUCCUCCAAGACACAUACAGCAUCCGAUGUCACAUGAAGGCCAAAAAGAUCAUCAAGGACAUUAACCACCCGAGCCACUGCCUGUUCACGCCGCUAUCAUCCAGAAGGCGAGGUCAGUACAGGUGCAUCAAAGCUGGGACCGAGAGAAUGAAAAAAAGCUUAUCUCAAGGCCAUCAGACUGUUAAAUAGCCAUCACUAGCACAUUAGAGGCUGCUGCUGCCUAUUGAAAUCACUAGUCACUUUAUUAAUGUUUACACUCACUUUAAUAAUGUUUACUUAUCUUGCACUACUCAUCUCAUAUGUAUAUACUUCAUUCUAUAAUAUUCUACUGUAUCUUAGUCCAUGGCGCUCUGUCAUUGCUUGUCCAUCUAUAUAUUUUCAUAUGUUGUGAAAUUGUUAGAUAUUACUUGUUAGAUAUUACUGCACUGUCGGAGCUAGAAGCACAAGCAUUUCGCUACACCCGCUAUAACAUCUGCUAAACACGUGUAUGUGACAAAUAACAUUUGAUUUGAUUUGACGACUCAUCCUGAAUUUAAUUCCGCUGCUCUAUCGAUUGCUACAUACAUUGUCUGAAUCUGCCAUCCUAGAAGUAAUUUGUGUGACGUCAAAAUUAGGAGCGUUGUACAAAACAAAUUAAUCAGCGAUUGGAUCGUCUCUAACCAAUCUAACCAAUCAGAGUAUCAAAGUUGAUAACGUCAUCAUGUAGGCUGGCUCUGGCCUAACCUAUCGCUUUCUGGGACCAAUUAGAACGUUCAGAAUGUGUUUGCAUUCCAAAAUACGUUGGGGAGGGGGGUAAAUCCAGACUCAUCGUUUUUCCGGAGCGAUAUGGAUGGGUAGCCUGACAAGGAUAUUGCACCUUUUCACAUUAGAUUGCCUCUUCAUUAUAGUCACAAAUUGUAUCUUGUGUCAUAUGCUGUGCCGCGUUAAGAGAUGACAAAAUAAUUGGUUGUGAAGCUGCAUAGUAGUAUUUGUUGAUAUCGGCUGUACAGGAUAUACAUUUACAAUGUAUGCAAUAGUACAUUCACUAUCUACCCCCUAUUAACUAUUUAUGAACUGCCUAUGCAUACUACAUGUGGCCUAUCCAAGCUCUCUGAUACACUCAAGCCAUGGAAACAUGAACUAUUACACAACCAGUCAAGGAUAUUCAUCUUCAACCUGACACUAACCAGUACCUCACAGUAAUCCUAUACUCCAUGGCAGUGUGUGAAUUGCCAAGCCCAGUACAGCCCAGCCUGGCUCGGCCCAACCCAUAUCUGUCUGUGUGUGUCAGUCACACUCAUGAAAUAUUGACCAGAGGUCUGCGGAGCUCAUUACCCCUCCACUCACUGACUCCCCGCCAGACACUGUUAUCCCCGACGACAUCGAUGUGGAAAACGACACCAUCACUCACGUCCUCUCUCUCUCCCUCUCUCGACACUGUUUCCCCUCUCUCUCUACACGACAUCUCUCUCUCUCUCCCUAUACUGCGUCUCUCUCUGCGUGUAUGAAAUCCUAUUCAUAUUUAAUAGUACUGUAUAUUAUUCACAAGGAGACUAAGUGUAUGUGAAUCAAGUGGACUGUUGAUCGGUUGCAUAAACUAGUUGACAGCCGAGCAUUAUAUAUGACUAUGUACGACUUUUACUUUAGGGUUAUAUAAUGCUUGCUACUGGAGGUAAACUGAGUUUUCAGUGUGACUUCGCUCACCCCACUAUAUCGUUGUAUAUUUAUGAUACAUGCAGUAUAGAGUCCUGUCAACGUUGUAUAUUUAUGAUACAUGCAGUAUAGAGUCCUGUCAACGUUGUAUAUUUAUGAUACAUGCAGUAUAGAGUCCUGUCAACGUUGUAUAUUUAUGAUACAUGCAGUAUAGAGUCCUGUCAACGUUGUAUAUUUAUGAUACAUGCAGUAUAGAGUCCUGUCAACGUUGUAUAUUUAUGAUACAUGCAGUAUAGAGUCCUGUCAACGUUGUAUAUUUAUGAUACAUGCAGUAUAGAGUCCUGUCAACGUUGUUGAAUAUGGAAUGAGGAGUGUUAUGAGAGGAGGGAGUCACAGUGCUGCCUGCCACCACAGCUUGGCGUACACAUUUACAUUACAUUUUAGUCAUUUAGCAGACGCUCUUAUCCAGAGCGACUUACGUACACCACAGGAGGCUGCUGAGGGGAGGACAGCUCAUACUAAUGGCCAGAACAGAGUGAAUGGAAUGGUAUCAAACACAUGGAAACCAUGGAAACCAUCUGUUUGAUACUAUUCCACUCCAGCCAUUACCACGAGCCUGUCUUCCCCAAUGAAGGUGCCACCAACCUCAUGUGCUGUACAUAGUAUAUGACCCCAUGCUGCCUCUCCCCUGGUGACAGGAGAAGGGUGUGGAGAGGUAUAAUGACUGCCUCCUGCUAGCCUGGAUGUCACAGUGGAUAGAAGGGGUCCACCUCAAAAGGAUUGACUGACUUGAACCAGACAGCUGAGAGUUUGAUACCUUUCUUACCACUGUAAUGUUGAUGAUGUUUUACAUCUGACCACUGGGAGGCAGUAUUUCUGUCUGCUAAUUCAUCAUUCUUAAGGGACAAGUUAUGAAUGAUAACCAAGGUUUGACGUUGAAAGAGGCCUCAUUUGGGACCUAUUAUCUUAAUCUCGCUCUCUCGCUCUCACUCUCUCACUCUCUCCUCCCACAGAGGUGUCAGUCCCUAUGAGUAUGAAGGAGGUGGACGGCUACAUUGAGAAGCAGGUGGCCUACCUGUCAGGUGGGGGCUCUUUACUUAGUCUUGUCCUACUACUAAGGGUUCAUAACCUCUGACCUGUGUUUACAUUGGUUGUAUAGAUUCAGGAGGUGUCUUCGAGCUGUAAAAAUAGUAGUGACAUGUUGAAAUAGAUUAUUUAAAUAAGGCGUCAGCAAAGAACAUAAUAUCAUUUGUUUAAUACAUUAUUGAGUGUGAUUAUUCAUAUUAAAAUAUUUUUCUUCUCAGGGGGGCGUGGUGAGGACUCCAGCGUGAUCAUCACCCUCCCAGAAUACUCUGCUUUCAGCGACAUUCCAGAGGAAUCUUUAGCCAAAGUCUUAAAAUACCUCACCCUCAUACCUCGGUGGGUGAACCACCAUACUACGCUAUGCCAAGUAUUAAUCUCUGUAGCCCUCCCUCUCUCUUCUCACAACUCUCUCUUUCUCUGCAGUGCAGUGUGUGCCUGCUUCAGUCCAGAGUUAGAAUUCUUAGCACAGAUGGCACUAGAUGCUCCCUAUCCCUCAUCUAUUUCGAUGCCCUAGGGAUGUCCUCUGUGCCAGCUCAGAGCAGGUAUACCUAGUGAGGAGGGAUCAUAUCAUUGGAUGUGGGCCAAAAGGGAAGUUUGAGUACAGGUCACAAGAGUCGAUGAACGUCCCUGUAAACAGAUCUAUUGUUGUUGGCUGUGUUUAACUGUCAAAUUCACUUAGCAUAUUAUCAGAGUUUUUCGGUACUAUACCUAUACAUUUUACCAGUAAAAGUAUACAUUUGUUCAAAUACUUUUGGUGCUUGUGAUUUCAGAGCAAGACAGCCAGGUGUAAAAUUCAUCAUCAUUUUAGACAGAAGACUGGAUACAUGGACCUCUAUCAAAACAGCACUUGCCAGAAUUGCGGUGAGCAAGUUAGUUUUGUCAUUCUUUCGCGUGUGUGCGUGCAUACGUGCACUUUCGUGCAUGUGGAAAUCUAAUCAAACGUUAUUGGUCGCGUACACAGUUUAGCAGAUGUUAUAGUAGGGUGCAGCGAAAUUCUUAUGUUACUAGCUCUUAAUAAUGCAGUAACAUGUCAAACAAUAUAAUAAUAAUAAUAAUAAUAAUAAUAAUAAUAAUAAUAAAACACAACAAAAAACUGUACAGAAUAUCAGUACUAUCAGAGUGGACGUCAGAGUGGGGUGUUGUCCAUGGUGCUGAAUUACCCCUACUCAGUUCCUGCUGUUUUGGGAUGGUCUCUUCUCUUGUGCUGUUUUGUUAAUUAAAAUACUAGAUUGUGCCAAUAUCUGUCAAGUACCUGCAGUUGUUUUGUCGCCGUUUGUUAUUGCUCAUACAUAAUUUUCAAAUAAAUUGUUCUGUAUUCACUGUAUGAAACUAAAGUCCCGUCGUGAGGUAAUCAAAAUGCAUGAGCCAGCACUCAGCUACAUGGAUAUUUACCUGAUGACGCUAUAUUUCGGCGGACGAUGAGGGGAGAGCGGGAAGUCAAGAAGGCUAGAGGAAGGGAGAGCUUGCAGACAGCGCUGCCACCCUCCUCGUGGCAGCAGCGUUGAGGCAGCGGAGUAGAGGGACCAAGUAACUUGGCACCGAUUAGUUAGCGACGGGACGGGCGAGGUUUAACGUUAUCGCAUAAAUGGCUGUAAACACGAUGGCUGAGAGUUACAAGCGCCGGGGAUUGCCCAGGAUACGGAAGAGCCCGGUAACGCGAUUUUUAAAUAGUUUGAUUACGUGCUAAAAGAGUUGUGCUCAAGUUUGGGUGGGCAGGGUGAAUGCGGCAUCGCUCACUGACUGCAGCUUGCUAAGCGUAGCACUGCAGUGCAGAGCCUGAUUUGAGCUUAGUCAUACAAUUGAUGCAGUGAGACCGAGAAAGAUCACUUGCUUAUAUGAAUACAAACCGGGCAGCGAUAUUUAUUUAGCAUGUUGAGCUUGAAGGGCAAAGUUUAUGUUUGCAAUAGCCUGAAGCUAGAUUUUGAUAACGAGGUCAAAUGAAUGUCAAAGAGCUCUAUAUGCGAAUGCAUCGGUCUUUUUGGAAUAAUCAAUUUCCCACGGUUUUAUGUCGAUGUUCUGUGCUGCACAUGUUCACGUUUUAACAGCUGGCAACUUCAAUUCAACCAAACCCAUAUCAAUUAUUAGUCAAUAGGCUAGACCUGCACCACCACAGUCAUGUGAUAAAAAUGGUUGUGAGCAUAAUUUUUUCCAAUUUAGCUAAUCAGAUUGUGAUUUACUUGUGAUCUGAUGCUGGAAAUCACUCUGAAAAUCACCUCACCUCUAAAUGGAAUACAGCCUACUUGCUAUCUGUUCUUGUUUAGUGAAGCCAUUUUAUAUUGACUGCAACUUCAAUACACCUGUGAUAGGCACUAGCAGGAUAGGUCUAGCUUUCCUUAUCUGAUUGACAGUGGGUGCCCCUGAGGCUUUGUCUGUCUGCAGGUGAUUGCUUGUUAGUGCUGUCAAUAUGUCCUGUCAGUGACAGAUGCUGGCUACUGCCUAUCACUCUAUGCAUCCAGAAGUCCAUACCCUUUAUAGUGAACAUACUCUGGCCUGAUGUUGGGUAAAGACAUGUUCCAGGAAUUGUCAAAGCUUUAGCUUCGUGUAGCUUAGUUGGUAGUGCAUGGCGUUUGCAACAGCAGGGUUGUGGGUUCGAUUCCCACGGGGGGCCAGUGUGAAAAAAAAUAAUGUAUGCACUCACGAACUGUAAGUCGCUCUGGAUGAGAGCGUCUGCUAAAAUGUAAAAUGUGUGUUAAAAUGAGCUCACUGUCCAACCCCGGGGGUGUGAUUGUGUCCCUCCCCGUCUCCAGGCCUCCUUCCCUGGAAAUCUCCACCUGGUGCUGGUGCUGAGACCCACCAGCUUCUUCCAGCGCACCGUCACAGACCUGUGCUUCCGCUUCAGCCAGGAGGACUUCAUGCUCCAGAUGCCAGUAAGGCAGAUCAGAGGCCAAAUCCAACACUUCACCACACGGCAUCAGCAUCUCAUCUUUGAAGAAGCAUGCAUAGUACUACACACAGUCGAUUAUGUGCAGCUUAUUCUAGCUCUCCUCUAUUAGGUGGUGAUGCUGAGCUCUGUGACAGACCUACUGAGAUACAUUGAUGAGAACCAACUGACCUCAGAGUUUGGUGGAACCCUGGACUACUGCCACAGUGACUGGAUCGUCCUAAGAACAGUACAUACUUUAAACUUACAUACCACCAACCAUGCAGCCACUCAGAACCCCAACACUUAUAUUACAACAUAUCUGAUGUGGAGAGACAUAUUCAAACUUGGCCUGUAGGUUUACAUAGUUCUGAGUGAUGACAUCAGAGUAUACAUUUAGAAACACUGUGAUGACUUCCCUGUGUUGUGUGUGUGUGUGUGUGUGGUGUACUCUCUGGCUCCCCUCCAGGCCAUAGAGAGCUUUGCGAUGACAGUUAAGGACAUAGCUCAGAUGCUGCAGGCGUUUGGCACAGAGCUGGCUGAGACAGAGCUGCCAGAUGAGGGCACCGCCAUUGUGCGCCUCCUCUCAACCCACACUGACAAGUACAGGAAACUCAAGGUAUACUGCAACCCUUUUACACCGUAGAGAUAGAUAGAUGACUCAAUGGUGGAAGCCCUCAAUGGCAAUGUCCAUGUUAAAACGGGUUAUAUCCAUGAUGAGUCCUCUAUCUAUCUCUAUGUUUUACACUAGACUCUAUCAUAAAGUGUUACAAUUCUAUAUCAGUGGCAGACUAACUGACAGCUAGUCUACAUGUUCCCCCUGAUAUGUUAUAACCAUUUUGUCUGUCUUGAUCAUUGUCUGUCUUGUACAGGAUGCGAUAUGGUCAGUAUCAAAGGAGGGUCGUCACCUGCUGGCUAGCCUGGAGGCCUCGGGGAGAGAGGAGGAUUCACUUUGGGAUGUCAGGCUGGACUGGGAGACUGUGCAGAGGUGUAUAUAACCUCAGAGCGAUAAUCAUACUACAGUCUGCCUAAAUGUUAUAGAGUGGCCAUGUAUUAUAACCUCUCUCUUGUCUUCAGGUUACUAGCCCAGCUGAGGAGCAUGGAGUCAGCCUUUGACGGCUUCUUUGAGAAGCAUCAUCUAAAACUGAAACAGUACUUACAGCUGCUCAGAUAUGAACACAGCUUCCAGGAGGUGCAUAAUUGAUCGAUUUGUUGAUUAAUUGUCAAGAGGCAACUCUUAGAACAGUGAGGACACGGGGUGUACAGUUCAAUUUGACAUCGGAUGGGACGUUUUGAAGUUGGGAGGUGUAUAUGUCUGAAACUAAUGGCUCGCUCUCCUGUUGUGGUCAGAUGGAGUUGUCUCUGGAGCGCCUGGCGUCCCAGGAGAGAAAGGUGUCGUUGUCAGGGGAGACGCUGACUCAGACAGAACAGACACUCAGAGACCUGGACAACCUGGAGGCUCACGCACAGGUCAGUGUUUACUAGGACACACUAACCUCAUCAGAUCAACAGACCAGGGUUACACAUACUGUAUACUGUGGUUGGCAGUCUUCUCUGGGACUCGUGCUUUUGGUAAUAGCAUUGGUUGUGUAGCUAGGAUUGAAAUGUAUUUGCCAUUGUGAUGCUGUAUGUAUGUAGACCUCCUGUAUGCCAUGUCUUGUUGUAUGUAACUGACUGUGGUGUCCUGGCUGUGUUGCUAGGAGGAGAUGGGCCGUGCCCAGAUCAUCAUCCUCCAUGGACACCAGCUGGCAGCCAGUCACCACUAUGCCAUGGCCCUGAUUGUGCAGCGUUGCAACGAGCUACGCCACCGCUGUGACACGCUCAGUAAUGCUCUGAGGGUGAAACACACACACCUCUCCCAGGCCCACCGGCUGCUACUACGCCUCGGCCAGGUAGAGGACACACACACACACACACACACACGGUUUACACUAAUGUACACAGAUGAGUACACAAACUAACAUCAUACACAAACAACCACACUGAUACUCUGUCAAGUGCUACCAUUUAUCUGAAUAUGAUUGGUCAGUGUGACGUCGUUGUCUUGUCCCCUCCAUAGGCCCAGAGUUGGUGUGAUGACGGGGCCUACCUGUUGGCCCAGCAGCUGGUGGGUAAGUUCCAGUCUAAGGAGGGGGCCCAGGCUGCUCUGAAGGACAUAGACAGAUUCCUGGAGGGGGCUCCGUCUCUCCUCAGCUCAGGACAUGACCUCCUGGCCAUGGAGUUUGAGUCUGUCCUUACCCCGGAGAUGCAGGUCCAACAUCAACCAGUGUCUCUCAUUCACAAACAGCCUUAUGAUUUAAAGAGAAACACCCUCUGUAAUGCUUCUCAUGACCCAUCUGUGUAUAAUCCAUCCUCAGUGCUUUCCAUCACCCCAUAAUAUAUUUAAUAUUACAGGACUUAUACAAGCAUUUAUUUCAGAUCAUGGCACCUUCAGACAACCUUCAAGACUGCAUAAAGGCUAUAAACGCCUGUUUCACUAACACUCCAUGCAGGUUUUGGCUCCAUGUAAAUGUCCUAAGCCCCCCCCCUCUUCUCUCAUCCCCCACAGGUCCAGAUAGGGAAGACAUUUGACAAGCACACAGCAGUGCAGGAGAUGAUCCACAACAGGCAGGUCUGUCUGAGGAAGCUGGCUGAUAAACACGUCCGUCCCGUCCAACUAGUAGCCCCCCGGCUGGAGAGCCCACCCCGCUCCAAGUCCCCACUCUUCUCCCCCAAACAUGGUAAGAGGAAGCAGUGGAGUAUAUUCACACUCACUCACACACACACACAUUCAAUCACACUUGAUGAUACAGUACAUUAGCAUUUGUCACAGUAGAUUAAACAGCAUCAGACCACAGUUGACUGUGUGGGGUUAUAGAGGCUUACAGCACACUUUAAUUAUCCAGCUCCGUUAGGCCUCCACCCAGGGCUCUGCUGUUUCCCAGGCCCUGUGUAGGCAGCCCUCCCCUGGCCUCUGGCCCGACAGCCGUCCCUCUCCCCUGGGUACUGGGUGUCGUCCAUGUCCUGAGCCUAGGGCUUCACACACCUUCCGCCAGGCCUCAAAGCAGUAAUCAAAACAGCCAACCACAGGCUCCAGUAAUGAGGAAGCCCAAGGUGUCUGUGCUCGACCUGAGUUAGAGGUCCACCUUUGCAAAUGAGCUAGCUGUUUUGGCCCAGCAGUAUAAUCAGUCUGUUAGCCACGAUGCUAGUUGGGUACUGUAUGGUAGUGCCAUAUGGGGUUCAUAUACAUUAAAGACCCUUUCAUCUCCCAUUUGCCUCCAGGGAGGGCUGGACAAAGCUAGCCAUACAGCAACCAAUUAAUAAUGAGGUGCAAUGUGUGGGUCUGUGAAACCCCUUUAAGAGGGGAGAUGAAGAUAAAUGUGUUGGCUCUGAUUAGUGUGAUAAUGCACACACACACACACACACUGGUCUUAGCCUAUGUGAGGAGCACAUGAUCAAACGGCUAGUCUGUCAGUCAUUUACACCAGACAGUGCUUUGGGUGAUGUGUUCUUAUAUAGUAGUGCUGGAGUUCUACUGCAAGCUGCUUAUUACAAAUGAUUAACUAGCCCGUCCAUCAGAAGAGAAGUAUCAAGCGUAAACCCAGUACCAACAGUCAUCCCAGUGUCAAAGACAGGACAACCUGGUCCCACAGGACCUAUCAAACCUACUGUCAGUGUCAUAUCGCAGCAAGCAACUGCUCUUUGUAAUGACGGCUCUGUUGGGUAACGUUAGUGUUAACUACUGUGCUGUAUACCAACGUCAUGGCUUCAUCAAAGCAUAUAUAGAGACAUAUGCUAUACUUAUCAUUAUUAACAUGUUAACCAGACAGUUCUUGUUUUUCAUCAAACAUAUAGAAACGCACACCGUUAUCAAGUUCAGCUGAGAGGUCGUAUUUUGCAGGUGUCGACAGUUUGAAGUUCACCUUCGAUCUGUCACUCCCUGGGAAGAGGACAUCACGGAAAAGCCCCGCCUCCAGAAAGGUGAGAUGGAGAAAAGGACGUAAAAGAUGAAAGUAAAAUAUCAUAGUGCAGAACAGUUCACACAUGUCACUAUGACAGUCACUGUGGCUGAUGAGGACAUGUAAGAUAGUAAUGUUAUGGCAACUGUAAAUGCUUGAGAUGGAUUUCCUUCUUUAAUCUGUGUUUUCUGAGGAUGCAAAUCCUGGAUGUCUGUGUGUGUCCUGUCCGUCUCAGAUCGAGGUGAUGCAUGACUACCAGGAGAAUAGGAUCUCCCUGCUCUCCAGCCUGGAGGGAGAGGACAGCCCAGACCUUCUCAAACGGUCUGUCUGUCUGCUCAUCCUCUAUAUAUUCCUUCUGUAGUCUUCCCAAUUUCCUUAUGUUCAGACAGAAUACUAAUGAGGCCCUCUGGGCUUGUGUCUCCACAGUCACGUGAUGAGGGAGCUUAUUGAGACAGAGCGAGUCUACGUGGAGGAGCUGCUGUCAGUGUUGCUGGUGAGAAGAGACACAGCAGCGUUUCCCCCAGCCGUUAUGGAUUACUACAGUGAGGUUUGUAUACUGAUUAUGUGUGUAUGUGUAGGGAUACAGGGCAGAGAUGGAGAACCCAGCCCUCACAGGGCUCUUGCCCCCCAUCCUGCGCAGUAAGAGGGACGUCCUGUUUGGCAACAUGCCUGAGAUCUACAACUUCCACAGCAGGCAAGGAAACAUCAAUUGGCAAGGGCAAACACGCAUGCUCACUCAUACACACAUAUAAAUAUAUAUACAGUGCAUUCGGAAAGUAUUCAGACCCCUUCACUUUUUCUAAAUUUUGUUACGUUACAGCCUUAUUCUAAAAUGGAUUCAAUUGUUAUUUUUUCUCAUCAAUCUACACAAAAUACCCCAUAAUGACAAAGCAAAAACAGGUUUUUAGAUUUUUUUGCAAAUGUAUUUAAAAAAAGAAACGGGAAUACUGUGCUUCACCGUAGGGAUGGUGACAGGUUUCCUCCAGACACAAUCCUGUCUCGGAGCUCUACGGGCAAUUCCUUCGACCUCAUAGCUUGGUUUUUGCUCUGACAUGCACUGUCAAAUGUGGGAACUUAUAUAGACAGUUGUGUACCUUUCCAAAUCAUGUCCAAUCAAUUGAAUUUACCACAGGUGGACUCCAAACAAGUUGUAGAAACAUCUCAAGGAUGAUCAAUGGAAACAGGAUGCACCUGAGCUCAAUUUCAAGUUCAUAGCAAAGGGUCUGAAUACUUAUGUAAAUAAGGUAUUUCUGUUUUUUUUUUUAAAUAAAUUUGCAAACAUUUCUAAAAACCUGUUUUCACUUUGUCAUUAUGGGGUAUUGUGUGUAGAUUAAUUAGGAUUUAAAAAAAAAAUCAAUUUUAGAAUAAGGCCUCAAGAGGUCUGAAUACUUUCCGAAUGCACUGUGUAUAUAUAUAUCCUGUAGUUUAGAGGAAGGAUCAGCACUGUCAUUGACUUGUGAGAAGUCAUUCAUGUUUUCCAUAGGCAUUUGGAGUCUCAAUGAACUGUGAGAUUAAACCAGCAAUUGCAUCAACAUAACCUCUAUGAACUACUGCUCCAUCUUAAAAACAACCAUCUCUACAAGUGUUUGAGUGUCUCUGUCUGCAUCCUCUAUCCUGCCUGCUGGGAUUGCUCCCCUGUUGGGCUGAAAGGCUAAAUUGGAUGACUGCAUGAGGCCCUAAGCCAAUUAGAGCCUCUCUAACUAGUGUUAAAUGCCAGUUGCUCUAACGAGCGCUUGAUUAUGCCAACGAGAGAGGAAAGUGGCAGACACCGGGGGCUCAGUGGCAUGGCUGUGUGGGUGGCUAGUCUUUAACUAUGGAGGAGGGCUAGAUAGGGGCCUGCUGUGAGGCUGACUGUGUGGUGAUGGUGGAUGCUGCUGUGUGUGGUUAGGGUGUGACCUAUUGACCUUAUCUGUCUUGGACCUUUGACCUCUGACUCAUGACCUCUUUGUUCUACAGGGUGUUCCUCCAUGACCUGGAGGGCUGCCUGGAGACCCCAGAGGGAGUAGGGGCCUGCUUUCUGGAGCGGGUGAGGAAAGCCUACAUGCCCUCAAACGCAACUCUGGACCUCGAAGCCAGUUCCACUGCAUUUUUUCAUUGUUCUCCUCUAAUCAGGUACUGAUUUAGACCUGGGACACCAGGUGGGUGCAAUUAAUUAUCAGGUAGAACAGAAAACCAGCAGGAUCCGGACCAAGUAGGGUAAGAGUUUAAUACCCCUGGUAGUUUGUCUGUGGAAGAAUGUCUUUAACUAUAUCAGCUGAAAAUUAUGUGAGUUAUGUGGCGAUGAGUUUUGGCGGAGUGUACCUCCAACUAUGUCGAGUCGGUAUCAGUUGAUACUUCAGCAAAAAUGUCCAUUCUUUAAGGCGUUCCUUUUCCCUAUGUUUGUCCUGUGUAAAGGCAUUAUUUUCUUUGUGUGCUGCAAUCCGUCGUUUUUUUGAUAAAAACGUUCUUCUAUGUAAUCCAAUUCUAUGUAAUUCUUCAGAGUAAUCCACUAUUUUCCAAUGGGGUAUGAAGUUAGCGACUUCAAACAUGCACUACCACUUUUAUAAAUAUAAAUUAUUUAACGUUACCUGUUGUUAGAGAGUUAGGGGGUGUUGGAAUCCAUCGUUUUUUAUAAAAAAUGGCAUUCUAUGCAUCACCUGCCAAAACAAAAAACUCUGCUGUGCUAUGACGGGACUGCUCCUUCUCCGUUAACAAACAACGCUUACCUUGGCAGAGGUUGCGUAAAAUGCUAUGUUUGAUCAAAAACGACGGAUUGCAGCACCCAAAGAAAGGAACAGCUUUACACAGGAUGAAUAUAGGUACAAGGUACGCAUUAAAGGAUUUGGGAAAGUUAAGCUGAUCAUAGAUCUGUUGCUAAGGGCAGCUUCUACCUGGAGCAUGUCAGAUGAUGUUAGGGAGUACAGAGUUAGUUAAUUCAUUCUGUCGUGUUCUGUCGCUCUCCACAUGGAAAUCGACUGACACCGACUCGAUGUAAUCGGCAGUACACGUGUGUUUGACAGUCUUGCAUGUAUGGUGUGUCAUUGGAAAUGUAUGUGUGUAUUUCCAGAAGGAGAAUUUCCAGGUGUAUGAGUGCUACUGUCAGAAUAAGCCUCGCUCAGAGUCCCUAUGGAGGCAGUACUCAGACUGUGCCUUUUUCCAGGUCAAGCGUAUUUUUUGUAUUUGUGUCCACUGUUGGUACUUAGCGAUACUACUACACCACAAUACCAGACAUAUUCAUUAUUUUAAUAGCACAAAAUGAUAUAUUAUUUAUAUUAGAUGAACUGUUGUGGUAUAACUGUAAUAAAUGCUUCCUAAUAUCUCCUUGACAUAUUCUACAGGAGUGUCAGAAGAAGCUGGACCACAAACUGGGUCUGGACUCUUACCUGCUGAAACCAGUGCAACGCCUUACCAAGUACCAGCUACUACUGAAGGUCAGACCUUAGUGAAACCAACCAACAAACACACACCUCUACAUUUUAGUCAUUUAGCAGACGCUCUUAUCCAGAGCGACUUUUUUCUUUUCAUACUGGCCCCCCGUGGGAAUCGAACCCACAACCCUGGCGUUGCAAGCGCCAUGCUCUACCAACUGAGCUACACUGGACCUCUACACAGCAUACCAUGCCAAUAUUGCAGCAUUUAUAUUAGUUUUAGCUAUGCUGAACCUUUAUCAUAAUUCAAUGUCCCAAAAUCCUGUAAAUGGUAACAGCACUAUGACAUAACCUUUCCUUACCUAGGGACAUUUUAUAUCAAUGAAUUGAAUGUAGGACAUAAAGGAUUACAGAUGAAAUUAGAGAGAAAUCCUAUCUGAUUAAUGGGGAAUGCUCACAAUUUUCUGUCCUGUGUUUGUCUGUUGUUAUCGGACAAAAUAAGGAAAAUCUUACACGCAACACAGACUAUUAUUUUAUAGUACAGUUGGAGAAUUUCAGGAUUUCAUUGUUACCAGAUAUUGAUGUGUACCAGACAUUGAUUGGUGUAUUGCACGCCCACGUGUGUGCGCAUGUAUGUGUGCGCUCUAGGAGCUACUGAAGUACAGUGCAGGAGGCUGUGAAGGGACCUCCGAGUUACAGGGGGCGCUAGCAGCCAUGCUGGACCUCCUCAAGUCAGUCAAUGACUCCAUGCAUCAGAUAGCCAUCACAGGCUACCAGGUGACUUGUCCUGUGUGUGGUUGGUUGGUUGGUUGGUUGUGUGUGUCUGUGUGACUGACUAUCUGACUGUGUGUGACACAGUGUGCUGUCCUAUAUGUGUGACAGUGUGCCAUCCUGUAUCUCUGACCCUGUGUUGUCCUGUUUCCCCCCAGGGAGAGUUGUGUGACCUGGGCCGGGUGCUGAUGCAGGGCUCCUUCAGUGUGUGGAUCAGCCAUAAGAAAGGCCCCACCCGUAUGAAGGAGCUGGCCCGCUUCAAGCCCAUGCAGAGACACCUGUUCCUGUAUGAGAGAGCCCUGCUUUUCUGCAAGCGCAGGGAGGAGCAUGGAGAGGGAGCAGACAAGACCCCCUCCUACAGCUUCAAGCACUGUCUCAAGGUGUGUGUAGGCAGCACUCUCUGACACAUGCUCCCUGUUGCAAGGGUGUUUGUUUUGGUUCGUGUGUCAUUGUGUGUGUCAGGGUGUGUGUCAAGGUGUCAGUGUGUGUGUCAGGGUGUGUGUCAAGGUGUCAGUGUGUGUGUCAGGGUGUGUGUCCAGAUAUGUUUACAGGGCAUGACGGAUGGCGUCACCACCAGCUGCUCUCCUCUUGAUGUGUUAUUGAGCGCUUGAGCUUCCUGCCUUCACACAGCGGCGGGCCAGUCAUGUAGCAGAAGCGUGCCUGACGUGAUGUGUGGCAUGUGCUUGUAGGCCCCAGGUGCAGACUGUGUGUAUGUGUGUAUCCUGGCAGAUGAGUGCGGUGGGGAUUACAGAGAACGUCAAGGGAGAUGUGAAGAAGUUUGAGAUCUGGUACAGUGGCAGGGAGGAGGUGUACGUCAUUCUGGUAAGGAUCACCCCUACUGUGAAGUGACUGUUAAUAUUAUUCAUACAGUAUCAGCCAGCAUAUGUUCUCCAAACAAGGACUCUAGACAAUAACUACCACCCACUGGGUUGUUCAUUGUCUGCGUGUUCUGUUCUUUGUUGUGACAACUUUAUGCUAUGUUAUGUAUUGCUAUUGUACAAUAUGUGUUACGCUACUGUAAUGCCAUUUUGAAAUCAUGCCUGUAAAAUGCAACGAAAAAUGUGUUUCCUACUAUACAAAGAACAGUGACUGUAAGUCGCUUUGGAUAAAAGCGUCUGCUAAAUGGCAUAUUAUUAUUAUUAUUAUUAUACAUUGACUGCGUUCUAAUCUGUCCUGAUUUUAUCCAUCUCCCAGGCUCUCACAGUUGAGGUUAAGAUAGCUUGGCUCAAUGAGCUGCGGAGAAUCCUCACCAACCAGCAGAAACUCCUCAAAGGUUUGGACGUCACUCACAACACUCUCCAAAGCACACUCAACAAAGAGCUGGUUUAAUUAAUCUAAUCUCAGAUUAAUAAUCCUAGCCUGCACCUAACUUGAACGUCCUCUCAUUUCAAACUAUCCUUUUCUCUCUCCCUCCUUCGCUUCUUUUCUCAGAUGAGCAUUGUGUCAACAACCAGAUGCCAGACCACAUCCAACGGUCUCCGCCCAUGUCUGAGAGGUCAGUCCUGAUGCAUAUUGGGUGUUGUAGGACGCCCCUCAGUCGUCACAGCAGCUCCCCACUGAUGGUGUGAGUGUGGCAGGCAGUUAUGUGAGCUGUUCAGAUGGUUAUGAUAUGUGGUGUUGGGGGAGCAUAUCAACAAGCAUGCAUAAAGCUGGGAAAUGAGGAGAGCGAAUAGGAGGUUGAGGAGGAGAAGGUGGUGUGUGUGUGUGUGUGUGUGUGUGAAGGAGUCGAUGUGUGAAGAGAAGAUGUGUGUGUGUGUGUGUGUGAAGACCCCACUCUCUCCUUUGCUGUCUGGUUGCUGUCCUCCCCUCCCUCCCCCCUGCAGGGGUGUGCGGCCGUCCGGAGGGGCUCCUACGGGCUGUCUUUCGGGGCUGGACUUUGUCUCGCUGUCCGCUGAUGUCUUUAUGUGUCUGCGUUCCCGGAGUCCCCGCCCUCGAAGCCCCCGGCAACGCCCCCGGCCCCGCCCCCCCAACAGACCCCGACCCCAGCGCCACUGACCCGUCCUGACGCUCAGUGGUAAACUCAGCCCAGCUCCGCAUGCCCUGGCCCGGCUUGGCAUGGCCCGGCUUGGGAUGGCCCAGCUUGGGGACCUAAACCACCCACAGGGCUGCUGUGUUUGCAUACUGACCAUCAUCUGCAACUUCUUUACUAGCGGACUCCAUUCGACUCAUACAUUCGCCAGACGCACUUUUCCUCAUGUCUUUUGAUGUCCCAGCAGAUCUUCCAUCUCAGACAUGGUACCCAAAAUGACUGCACCCAUCUUUGCAUGGGAUUUGCAAUUUUGCAUGGAAUGCAAAAACAAUAAAAAAUGUUUGGAUGUUUUUAACUUACAUUUUUUAAAUCUUGAUUUCCUCAUGCUUUCAGCAUGAGAACUGCUUUUUAGAUGGGGCUUGCUGUUUGAGAGCUAAUUAAAUUAAAAUGAUCCUAAGUUAUUUGGCUUGUAAAAUAUAGACAAACUAAUACAUUGAUGAACCAGGAACUUGAUAAAUCGAGACCAUAUCUUUCCAUGCGCCGGCACGUGUCUGCUGUGUACCAGGUCAGAGCCCACACUGUGUCUGUGUCAGCUUGGUUUGCACUUGGUCACAUGGUUGCUUUGUGGUGUGGGGCCAAUUGGCUGGUGUCUGAAAGAUCAUCAUGGUGGUGUGAGUUGAGUUUGAGGGAGAAAUUGUCCUUAACCACAGAUCUAAGGUCAGUUUUGCGGUUCCCCUUUAAAUGGUUAAAUGUGGGAAAGUUAAUCUGAUCGGUGGCUAAGGGCAGCUUCUUCUUGGAGCAUGUCUGAUGAGGUUAGGGAGUACAGAGUUAGUUCUUUCAUUGUGUUGUGUUGUGUCGCUCCCCACAGCAAACAGCAGAGGGCGUCGUUCAGCUCAGAGGACACAGAGUCAGGGAGGAGCAGUCCAGACCCCCAGUCCCACUCCCCAAAUCACCAGGGCAACCGACACAGUGAGUAAACCACUCCCCAUACAUAUACCCGUAACAUAAUCAUGUAGAUACUUGGUAACUACUUGUAAUAAUGGUGAUUGGGUCAUGAGAGAGAGUACAUGAAACUCCCUUGACUUGAUAUUGGAUUUAUUUUGGUAUUGCGAUCCCUGUUCCCUAAAGAUUCAGGUGUUUCACAUGAAAAAGCACUAGGUGCAUGGAGGAGCUCUGGGGGAAAAAGGCACUGCUACUGAUAUUAUCUUUUGAUUCUAUCUUCUUGCCACACAUCAGGUUUGAGUUGCCAUUUAUCACUAUAGUUUCCAAGUAUUUACCUUGGUUAUUUCUGUUACUAUAUAAGGGAAGCAAGCAAAAUGUGACUCAAAACAAAAAUGUGUGUUGUGUAAUCUCCAGGCUGGCCCGGUGCGCCUCAUUCAGUACACAUCUGUGAGGGUCUGGAGGAGUGGGGUGGAGGUCAGGACCCCUCUCACCCGUCAGACACCGAGGAGGAAGACACUGCUCAGCUGGUGAGAUAGGUUCUCUACAACAUCAAUACAACCACUCACCCUUAUUGCACACUGUGUGGCCUCGUUCCUUACCCACGACCUUAGAUAUGCUUAUCAUAAAAUCUAAAGGAACCUCUUGAGGUUCCUAAAUGUUUACUCUAGUAGGAUACAGCUCUACAUUUCCUUAUCCUAGUCUAACAGAAGUGUUUCUGUCCUCCCAGGCUCCAGGCAGCUAUAAAGUGUUGGCUGAAUGUCCACGAUACGGCCCAGAUGACCUCGCCAUCAAGAGCAGUGAUGUCAUCCAGCUACAGCACGAGGACAGCGAAGGCCAC